AUGGCCGACCAAUCACUCCUGGAUGCUGGCGCAUUCGUAACAGACGCCUUCCUUCAGUCCGUUUUGCAGGCUGCGGCCGAGGCUCGCCAACAAUGCCUGCAGAUGCUCGACUUUAUCGACCAGAAUCGCACCGCUCAACCUGCGCCUGGGGUUGAGAUGCAGCUCAGUCGCCAGCAAAAGAUCCUUCACACAAACUUGGCAAAGCUACGCGGUCUGAAUCGUCGUGCCGUCCUGGACACGCGCAACACCAAGCAGCAAACUCAAGAAGCAAAGUCCGAGAUUGAUUCUUUGCACCUCCACCUUCAGAACCUGUACUACGAGCAGCGCCAUCUCAUCGGCGACAUUGCUGCUUGUCAGGCUUACAACCACAAAUACCAGACUCUACCUUUGAUCUCUGUCGACGACAUCCUUGCUGCAAACCCCGAGCUCCAAGGUGCAGAUGAACAUGACCUUAUGGUGGCUCGCAUCAACCAUGAGCACGCCGAACGUCAAACACUGGAAGAACAACGCCAGGGACUACUCAAGAAGAAGCAGAGCCUGAUUGCCGAGAACAACAAGAAGAAGGAUCACCUCGCCGGACUGGACAAGGAGAUUGAAAAGUUCCUCGCCUCUGCCAGUGCAGUCCAGCAAAAGUUCGAACAGCACGACCAACAGAAUCAAAAGGCCGCCGCAGCAGCAGCUUCUGCAUGA